AUGUUGGCAGAUGUGUCGUUUACUCAUAUCGCGGUGGCCAGUAUAUCAUCAUUGGUUUUCAUUGUAGUCUACUAUGCGGUCCAAUGGACAAGACACGAGAUUAGGAUUAGAAAGAUAGGCGGCACGCGUGCGCAUACUCUUGCAAAUGAUCCCAUCACGGCGAUGGUGUGGUUCUACGCUGCGGCUAAAGCGCAGAGGAACCACCAGCUCUUGAAGCAUUUCAAUAGCUUUUUCGACUCGGCACCUCCCGAAUGCCCGAAUUGCGUUGAGAUUCGAUUCUUGCCGAGAGAGAGAAAUAUACUCACCAGGGACCCGGAGCAUGUUAAGGUAGUACUCACGACCCAAUUCUCUGACUUCGGAAAAGGGGAAAAGUUCCACGAUCUAUGGCGGCCUUUCCUUGGUGAUUCCAUCUUUACAACUGACGGCCAGCUUUGGCACGAUAGCCGUGGCCUGAUCAGGCCGAUGUUCAUCAAAGACAGAGUUAGCGACUUAGCAACAUUCGAGAGAUGGGUUUCCAUACUCCUUACCAUACUUCCUUCCUCAGGACAGACAGUGAAUAUUAUGGACCUCCUUUACCGAAUGACGCUCGAUGUGACUACAGACUUCCUACUCGGAGCGAGUGUUGACAGUCUACGCAAUCCCAAGGGCGAGUUUGUAAACGCAUUCAACGAUGUGCAAAGGAUCCAGAUGAUGCUUACGACCGUUGGACCAUUCAGAUCCUUAAUUUCCCGCCGUGCCUACGACGACGGAAUCAAGAAGAUAGAGCAAUUUAUCAUGCCGUACAUCGAGCAAGCUUUAGCGCUGCCGCAAGAAGAGUUAGAGAAGCUGUCAAACUCUGACAAGCACUUUACUUUCUUGCACAGUAUUGCACGAUACACUCGUAACCGUCGGGUAAUCCGUGACCAGAUCAUCGCCGUGCUCCUAGCCGGUCGCGACACGACAGCCGCAACACUAUCAUGGGCGUUCUACGAACUAUCUCACUAUCCCGAGAAGUACAAUAAACUUCGUAACGAGGUCCUCAACUCCGUCGGCCGAACACGAACCCCCACAUAUGAGGACCUGAAGAAUAUGUCGUAUUUGAAACACACUCUAAACGAGACCUUGCGAUUAUAUCCCGCCGUGCCUUUCAACAUACGCACAGCAUUGGCGGACACGACACUCCCGACCGGCCCGGGCAACCCGCCUAUUGCGGUUGUGAAAGGUGAUGUCGUGGUUUACAGCUCCCUCGCGAUGCAUCGCCGAAAGGAUCUAUACCCCCCAACGUCAGAGAAAUUCGAAGACCCCGCUAUAUUCUCGCCUGAGAGAUGGGAGAACUGGACACCGAAACCGUGGCAAUACUUGCCUUUCAACGGUGGUCCGCGUAUUUGCGUAGGACAGAAUUUUGCCAUGACUGAAAUGGCGUACUGCAUGGUACGAAUCCUUCAGAAGUACGAGCGCAUCGAAUACCACGGAGACUGGUAUGCGCAACAGAUCGAGACGGAGAUUGUUGGAAAGCCGAAUAAGGGGGUUAACGUUGGAUUAUAUGAAGAGUCCGUAAAUCAAUUUGAAAUAUAG